UAGUUUUUUGUGUUUUCCAAAGGGCAAAAUCAACUUGACGUUUGCAUUACCCACUCGGACUGGACUCUGGACUACGUAGUAGCAGAGCAGAGCAUUUGCAUUCUCCUUAUAAUCUAUCGAAUCUUCAUCUCCAAAUCCUAAUCUUCAACUUCAGUAUGGGAAAUCGAAUUGCGAGAAUCCAAAACGAAACGCCAUGGUUGAUCUCUAUGAAGGAGCUUCGCAUGUUGGGGGCCUCAACCUCGCUGUAUGGCUACACAGUUCGAGUGAAUCCUUACGACAGUACAGAGAUUCCUGCUUCCCUAUUCCUCAAUCGCAAUCAUCAGUAUGGAAUGCCCUCUGAGAUCGUCAUAUUUACAAACGGAGCUGAGGUCCGGAGAAGUUUAAUCUCUCAGGAUUUCGUUAGAUACGUGAAGAUAAUACUCUCUGUUGAAGGUCCGUAUCUUGUUGUCAGAGGUGUCCUUCCUCAGUUCCUCGAUAUCUGCUGGUUCUGGGGAUGUGGUUUUCUAGGCCGAGAAUACAGCGGAAGGCAAGGUGUGACAAUCAUGAGAUGCAGAAUCUCCAGGCUCUUGAUGAUGCAACAAUUAGCACUACUGGCCUCAUACUGUCGUCUAAAUUGCAUUUGCAAUUUGCAUUGCUCAAUCGCCACUUUCUAUUUUUCUAAUUCAGUGGUGUCCGGCCACCUUGCUCUAUCGCCACUUUACUGCUGCUUCUACCUUUUCGUGGUUCUCUUUCCAGCUGUAAAGACCAGCAUUUGAUUUGGAUGAUUUGAAGCUCGUUGAAGCUGACUUGGAAGAAAACAUACUGGGGACUAUUUCCAUUGUUGAUUGUGUGUCCAAAUCUUUGAAAUUAUCUAGUAUCUACUCCUCUCAUUUCUUUUGCUGCUUGUGCUGACUUAAACAUGUCUAGUACUUAUUUCACAUCUCAAUUAAUAGCUCUCUUCUGUAAGAGUGAAAACAAAUCUUCCUUCUUUCAAUUUGAAGAUUCUCCUGAUAUUAUGUGCAUCUGUCUGACAUGCUUGGGUAUGUUGAAUUUACCUUUUUUCUCCUUUUUUUUGUUUUGUGAUAAGUAUGCAUUUUAUUAAAAACUAGAUGGUACAGAAAAAGGUACAGUACUUAACAGCAAACUCUGUAAUUCAAUACUGCAUAUUAUCUCCUAGUAAGUACAAAAAACAAAUACUUAUCCAUCAUAUCUAAAAAUAGUGCUAUAACACCAAAAGUACAGUUUUAAUGCAUUUAUUUUUUACUCUAGAAAUCUUUAACUUCUUCCCAUCAAAGCAUGCCAUGUUCCUUUCAAGCCAUAAGGUCCACAUUAUGCAAUUGGGAAUAGUUCUCCAUAUUGGCUUUAAGCUCUUUUAACCUCCUGUUUUCCACACUUCAAACAAGCUACUAAUUUUCUCUGGUAACACCAAAGGGUAUGCCCUGCAUUAUUGAGCUGGUAAAGGGGCAUAGUAAAAAUAUUUCUUCUUUCACUAGGUGAAUAGAAACGAUAUGUAUAAUAGUGUAUGAUGUUAGAGAUUGUAAGAAAAGCAAAUGUGGAGCUGGUGGUGCAAAGUAAAUAUUUCUUCUCUCUCUAGGUAUAAUAGAAACAAUAAGUAUAAUAGUGUAUGAUGUUAGAGAGUAAGAAAAACAGUGUCCAUAUUUGAUAUCAAGUAUAUAAGUAGUCAUAGCAUCAUAAAUCAGAAAUACAAGAAGAAAUGAAAGAACUGAUAUGUCAUUUGAAAGCUUCAGGUAUUAGUCUCUUCGUUGUUGCAAUCAUGAGCCUGUGAGUUGCUCUUCUGUUUUAUGCAGAUCAUUGCCUUCCUCAGAUCGACUCAUUUAACAGCCUGCAAUUAUGUGAGCAAUAAAAGUCAUAAGCUGGAAUGGUUUUUGAAGCACCAUUUUAGCAUGAGCUGAAACUGGGGUUUGAGUUUUUGUUCUUGACUUAAAAUUGGUGAUUUUACAUAUAAUUUUAUCAUCUAUUGUUCCUAAUGUUUAAUUUCAGUGGUGGAAGCAUAACUUAAAGUGAUAGAUAGAGCACUGAUAGACAGGUAUUUGAGGGGUUCUAAACCUACGAAUGGACACAAGAUAGUGUACUAGUGUCCCACUUGUUAUUUGCUGAUUUUAAACCCGUCCUAUGUGAUACUGAAGUAGAUCAGUUUCCAUGCUUGAGGCAUGUAGUGAUAUGAAUUCAGAUGGAUCCGGCGAAAAAAUAAAUCGAAGGAAUAACAUUCUUGUAGACGAGCUUGAAAAUAUAAAGUAUAUUCUGAGACCCUCAAUAAUGGUUGAAUUGCUUCAUGCAACUUAGGUUUUUCAUUGGGUGCGAACCUAGAAAGAUUGUGUUAUGUCGAAUCACAUUAUUGAAAGAGUUGAGAAGAGGGUAAAAGUAUGGCAAAACGAGAUACUAAUUUAAAAGCAAGAAAAGAUAUAGACCUCGAGCACAAUAUCUUGCCCUCAACCUAUUUAUAACAAUGACAUCUUGAAACGUGGGUAGAAAAGCGACUGGAGAGGAUAUAAAGCAAAUUCUUAUGGAAUACGAGAGGAGGAAGAAAUACCGUUUAAACUAGAAAGUGGAAGAUCACCAUGUAGAUGAGUGUUGGGGUUCAGAGAUCUUAAGGUUUUUAGUAAAGUCUUACUGUAUAAUAGCAAAUGGAUUUAACGAUUUUUAGUAGGUAGACUAUUUUAUUGAGAUUGAUCAUCGCUGACAAUUAUGAAACUCAACAAAGGAAAUGGAGGACAACCAAAUUUCUUGGUCAUAUAGGGUGGCAUUAUGGAGAGGCAUCUU